GACUUAUAUAUGGAGGAGAGGGAGAGACAGGUGGUACAGAUACUUGUUGACUGUUGACAUUAUUAUCACUGCUCCUCUACUGGUUCCUCAGCAUCUGGUAACAAGUGGACAGUAACUUUUAUGGUGUGGCUGCUGACAGCUUCUCGUCUUGUACUGACCACAACAACAUUGUCACCUUCACAAAGAUGUGGCUCCCAGCUGCCCUCACCCUGAUGUUCAUGCACCUGCUAGUGAGUGGGUUUGAGAGUGAGCAGUGGUCCUGGGUCCAACAGUCCAAGAUCCAGCGGUCCAGGGUACAGCGGUCCAGGGUACAGAGAGAAGAUAGUGAAGCCGCGAACAUCGUCAGUCAAGGAUGUUUGGACCCUUACGUUGCCGUGGGCGACCAAUGCCUCUUCUUCGCCACCUUCGCCGACCAGAACUACCAAGAUGCUCGCCAAUUGUGUCACUCACUGGACGGGGAAGUGGCAGCUGUCCUCACAGCAACACGCUUGAAGAACAUAAUUGACUACAUUAAUGACAAUGGUCUUACCAGUAAUGGCUACUGGAUUGACGGGAGUGACCAAGACAGUGAGGGGGACUGGCGCACUUCCUCGGGUCUGUCUAUACCCAUGGGUACACCAUUCUGGGAGGCAGAUUUAACCUACCAACAACCUGAUGAUUAUUCUAAUGGUCAAGACUGUUUGUACAUGGGGAGAACUUUAUUUUACUAUCUUGAUGACGUAAGUUGUGCUGGUGCUCACUCACCAUUGUGUGAACAAGCGAUUUCUCAAACAGCGGUAGCAGCAGUGCCAGAGGUGCAGGACUGUCCCACCUUCUUCGUGAGUGUGGGCGGCCUCUGUCUCUCCUUCAUGACGUGGGUUGAAGAGUCGUGGGAGGAGUCACGUCAGACUUGUCAUGGCAUGUCAGGGGAGCUGGCUGCUGUUACUGACAUUGAACAACUGAGAGCUAUAUACCUGUACCUGCACCAGGAAGGGAUCGCUGGUCAUUCCUUCUGGCUGGGAGGCUCCGACACGGCCCAGGAGGGCGUCUGGUUGUGGACUGACGGUCAACGCGUCCCUAUGGGGGCACCGUUCUGGGGCUUUGGGAAGUUAGAUGUGUUGGAGCCAGAUGGUGGAGCAGCUGAGAACUGUCUUCUGUUGAACUCUGACGGCUUCCACUACUUCCGUGACUCCUCCUGUAGCCUGCUGAGGACCCCACUGUGUAUCUUUCCCCAGUAGCUGCUGGUGGAACCUGGUGACCCUUGGUGACCCUUGGUGACCCUUGGUGAUUCAUUGUGAU